AAUAUAAUAUAAUAUAAUAUAUAAACUACAUUGUGUAUAUUAUAUAGUAAUUAUAAAACAAAUACAUUAAUUAUAGUUACAUUCAUUAUUAAUUAAAUAUUUAAAUUUACAAAAACUUAUCUUAUUGUGCCCGAACCCGAAUUUCUGCUUAAAAUAAACAAUUUGAAUAGUUUAUUACAAGCCUAAUAAAAAACUACAUGGUGCAUAUAUUAUAGUACAUGUGACAAAUAAAACUAAUAAAUGACAAAUUAAUUAAUUAUAGUCACGUGCAUUAUUAAUAAAAUAUUAAAUAGCCUGUAUAUACAUUUAAAAAAAUAACCUACAACCGACCUACGACAGCAGUUUUGGGCCUGAACCCGACAGGUUUGGGUCAAAUUAUUGUAUAAGUAGAUUUUAUACAUCGAUCAAUGAUUAUUGUUUUAUAAACUGAUCAAAGAUUUUGUCUGUAAAUCUUAAAAUAAGUCUUUAUUCAUCCUCAGAGGGGAAAUUCAGGUGUUGCAGCAGCACAAGGACAUAAAUAAGAACAGAUAAAGCAAAAACUAAAAUAAAUAGCUCUAUAUUAAAUAAGAUGUAUGACAGACAACCAGUGUUAAAAGUGCAGUAAUUGUUUAUUAUUGUAGGAAUGAUAUGAUUAAGUAAUUAUACUUGUCUGUGUGUGUCUGUACUAAUAUAGAAUAAAGAAUUAAUAAUAAGUAUAGUAUAAUAUAUGAGAAAAUAUACGGGCUGUUAUGUAAAUUCUGUGAGUAAAAGGUACAAUUUUUACCAAAUAUGUAGAAAAAUAACAUUUAUUUUAAUUAAAAAGUGUCCUGAUGGCUUUAGUACUGUUUCAUUUCAUACUUGCAGUGGCGAAUAUUCAGGGUUUCCCUUCAGACCGUUUGUGUCCAUGGAUAAAACGUACAAUAUAAAAUUAGAAGAUUUAAAUAAUAUAAUAAUAAAAAACUAAUUUAAAUAUAUUUUCUGUCCCAAAUAACAACAAACCAAAGGAAUUGAACUGAAUACCAUAAGAUACAUGUAGCAUUGUGAGUGUUAAUUCAUUUAAUUUAGUGUUUUAAAUGUAUAAUUUAAAAAUAAACUUUAUUUACUAUCAUUGAAGAAGUAUUUGUUCAGUAUAUCCCCGCCCUUGCCGCCACGUUACAAACGGCACGACGGCACCGCCAAAUGGAGCGCCACCAACAUCGGACAACCAAAACUAACACUGCGUUAAAAACCCGCAACUCGCUCGGCGUCUAAACAACGCGUCCGCGCACUUCCUUCUCUGUCGAUGUGGAUUUGACUUUACGUUCAUCAAACCUCGACUCCCUCCUCGUGUUCGUCGAGGGGCGCCAACUCGGAGGAAACAGUUUUAUUUCCUCCGCAGAUGAGCGAAGACUAAACUCCGCGUUAGUUCAUCCGGCGGGAGCCCCUCGGACGGUAACGGAGGUAGCUAGGUGGGCUAAUGUGUAGCUUUAACCGGAGGAGGUGCGCACUUUCCCGCGACGGUUCCGAUGGCGGUACGCUGGCUCUGCAGGUAAGAGUGGCGGUAUCCCAGAGGCUCGGUGCCGUUAACGUGUGAGACAUUAAAACAUAAAGAAAGACUGGACCGGGAGGGAGGGGGAGGGGGGGGCGGUCAGGUGAUCAGCGGCAGCUAGCUUAACGGCAGACAAUAGCAUCCACACAGCGCCGGCUCCGGUUCGGCUCACCGACGUCACAGCAGCCGGUACCCGACCGCGGGAGGACAGACACAGUCCGGGGGUUGUUUAUUAACUGUGUGUGUGUGUGUGUGUGUGUGUGUGUGUGUGUGUGUGGGGAGGGGCGACACCAGCCCGACCGCAGUCAGUCAGUCAGUCUGUCAGUCAGUCGGUCGGUCGGUAGGAAGCUGACCGGAGCUCCACCAUCGAUACCUCCUCCUCUUCAUUUUAUCUCACUGCUGCUGGUGGAGGAGGAAGAGGAGGAAGAGGAGGAGGAAGAGGUGGGGGGGGAUUUGGACGCCCUGCGUUGGCUGAUGGAAACAGACAUCCGCAAAAAUGUGCGCGAAUGUGUUCGGAGUUUUGAAAAGCCUGUUUGGGAAGCCCUUUGAUGGCGGGAAGAGGAUGGACCAUGGCGGCCCGCAGCAGCAGCAGCAUCCAAUGGAGCAGCAGCAGCAGCCGUAUCAUCCGCAGCACCCUGCCAUGAUGCGGCUGUACGAGGUCCAGAAGGAGGUGGCGUCUCUGGGGCCUCAGGUCUGCACCUUCAGCGGCCUGCAGAACGACCGAGACUAUAAGCGUCUGGAGCGCGAGCUGACGCGGCUGCUGCUGGACGUGGACCAGGUGGACACGGAGGGCAAACCGGAGCUGCAGGGCGCACGGAAGAGGGCGGCGCAGGAGGUGGAGGGCCUGCUGCGCUACCUGGAGGAGAACGCCACUCAUCCAUCCCGUCAGGCCAUCGAGGAGCUGAGCAACGAGGCGCGGCGGCUGGUGGACGAACGCGUGGUGGCACCUCAACGAUCCGGCGGGGUGGCGGAAAUAAACGACGAGCUGGUGGACGCUCUGCAGGAGCUCGUGCUGAGGCUCACACAGGUCAAGACCGAGGGGAGGGUGCCGCUCCGCAAGGCGCGCUACCGGGCGCUGACGCGUCUGUGCGCCGUGCAGGACGUGAUCGAAGGGCGCACGCAGCAGCAGACGCUCUCCCUGCCGCUCUCGGGGGACACCCACGAGGCCGUGCACCACAUCAACCAGGUGAUGGUGAAGGUGAGCGUGGCGCGCAGUCAGCUGGUGGCGCUGCUGAUGGGUCUGAGUGGGAGGGACAGCUGCGCGCACCUGUCACGAAUCCUGACGGAGAUGCAGGUGGAGCUGGACGCUCUGGACGUUUCCGGGAACGCGGCGAUCAGAAAUUACCGGAAACAAGUGGUGGAGGAGAUAAACGGGCUGCUGAAGCACCUGGACCUGGAGGGGGAGGGAGAGGACACACGCAGAUACGACUUGGCGCAGAACAACUCCAUCCGCGAGAUCGAGGCGGUGCGAGCUCACGUCUCCCACCUGCGAGAGGGCGUCCUGCGGCACUGCGUGAUGGGAGAUCUUAGCUUCAGGCCCAAAGCCGAGCUGCAGAGCCUCCUCACCCACCUGGACCAGGUGGACACGGCCAAGAACCCGUGCAUCAGAGAGGCCCGCCGCCGCGCCGUGGUGGAGGUCCAAGCCAUCAUCACCUUCCUGGACCUCCGCGAGGCCCUGGCCCGCCGCCAGCCGGGCCCCAGCGAGCACCCGUCGCACCGGGCCGUGUGGCUGGUCCUGGGGAGCCUGUCGGACCUCCAGGCCCAGGUUCUGGGCUUCGACGGCAAGCGGGCCGACAAGAGCUACAUGAUGCUGGAGGAGCUGCUGACCAAACAGCUGCUGACGCUGGACGCCGUGGACCCGCAGGGCGACGAGACCACCAAGAUGGCGCGGAAGCAGGCGGUGAAGUUCGCCCAGAACAUUCUCAACUACCUGGACAUGAAGACAGACGAGUGGGAGUAUUGAUCGAUCGAUUGAUCGGUUGGUUUAAAAACACGGAUCACGGCGUUGCUAGCCGCGUUGCUAGGCGGGGACACCGGAUGGGACGACGCUGCAGGAACGAAAGGAGCUGAUAAUGUGUGUAAAUAAAAAAAAAAAAAAAAAAAAGAAGAAGAACAAAACAAACUCGUACGUUAUCAUUCCACGGGCUGUAAAUAUUGACUCAAAUCCCCAGAAUGCACUGCAGCAGCGCUUAUCUUUUGUCUGUUUGUGGAAGUUGUGGCCGACCCUGCUGAGAAGAACACAGAACUCCUUUUGUGAAGACACACUUUUACAUUUUUAUUUUUUAUUUUGGUGCUUUUUGGAAGAUUUUUUUUCUUUUUAACUCUCCCGUACGUGAACGUGUGUGUGUGUGUGUGUGUGUGUGUGUGUGUUGUCGUCUGUUGUCGUCGUAUUUGGUGUGUGUGUGUGUGUGUGUGUGUUUGAAGCCUGCUGCCAAAGCUCUAAAUAAUGCCUGUUCUAGUGGUCGUAUCCUCCUGACUGCUCUUGAUAUCGAUGAAUUAGCGGAGUGUGAUGGAUUGCUGAGCGGUGGCUUACCCGUCCGAUCUGAUGAAUCCGAGAGUCAGUUUGUUUAAUGGAGAUGUUUUAAAUACAGAGACCUAACUGGGGGGGAGAGCCGCCCUGCUGCCACCGUGAGACUAAAGCUCGGUCCAGAUUGCGAUACCUGUUGGUACUGUGCCGAUUUAGGGCGUUAAAAUAUCCCCAAAUAAGUGUUUUUCUUGUUUUUGUUUUUUUUUGCAUUGAAAUCAAAUUUUGGUCGGAUUCUCUUUGGCGAAGCAGAUGGCGUGAACAAAUGUUAAAUGGGAAAUUCAUUUUAAUCCGUAGUGAAAAUGUGCUUUGUUGCACAAUUGAGAAAAGAUUUUUAGCAUCAAAAGGUGAAACAUUGGAGGCAGUGCUGUGGCUGGUAUGAAGCCGGGCAAUCUGUGUUUAAACAGAGAUGUAAUUAGAGAGAGAACAGUUUUGCAUUAUUGAUGUUAAGGUCACUCUCCACUCCCGCGUGACCCCUGUUUAUCCCCUCAGCAUUUGGUCCGUGUCUUUGGUAGCGCUCCAAUUCACACGACUGUGGCAAACUCUCCUAAAACCCUGCACGCCACAGCUGUCGCGGGCAACCGGUCAAAUGACGACAGGACAAAAAAAACACCAAAAAAAGAGCAAGCUGAGGUUCGGAGGACGAGGGAUGCACCGAUAUUCACAUUGUUGACUCACAUAAGACGCCGUUCGUCUACGUCAGUGGCAGAUUUUGUGUCCGGACCGAUGUGGGUUGUUUGAGGUCGGUACUGAUCAGUGAUUUAAAAGUAACAGAUAUAACAGACAAUAUAGUGAGUGAUUAGACGAUGCAACUCAGAAAGCUGCUUUCUUAAACAAAUAAUUGAAUUAAAGAAUGUUUUAAAUUAAAUAUUCUUCAACCUGUGAAAUAAUUUAACAUCGACAACAGAUUCUGGAAAUUAACUGAGAAAAGAAUAAAUAAAAAGAGAAAUCAUCAGUACUGUGAAAACUACGAACCUUAAUGCAUUAAAUACCGGAAAAAAACUGUUUUCGUAUCGGCGCAAAUCGGAUGACACAAACGCCAACGCGAUACCAAUAUGUCCGCCAGUAUCGGCACCGACCUCUUGUUGUUGUAAAUAAAUAACUUCAGUUAGUUCAAACAGUCAAAUGUCUGAUUUCAUUCUUCUUUUGCAAUUAAAGUAAGAAAGUGAUUCGUAACAAAAAUCAAGUAUCGGUAUCGACCCUGAAUCUCCCGAUCGGUGCAUCCCUAACGGAGGCGUCGAUGUUGUUUUGUGAGGCGGCCUGCUAACAGUACCCCCCCCGCUGCUUGUGUAGCUGUUAGUCUGUAAUACGCUUCAGAUGUUUGUUGUGACUUUGUACGAUUGCGCUCGGCUAUAAAUGGACCCGGUCGGAGCUCAGAGACGGAGGAGAGGAGGGCGGUGGCUGCUGCUGCUGCUGCUGCUUUAGCUUUUUGUUUUCUAACCCACUGCUUUCUCCUGAUGGAGGAGUGCGACAGUGAGAGAGGUCCCCGGGGAGAGGAAGAGGAAGAGGAAGGGAGGCGGCGAUAUCCGCUGGAUUGACGCAUCAAGGCUGAAGCUCACAGGGUCCAGCAGUCGGGUCCUGUGUGCGGCGGAGAGAGUAUUGAUGGUGAUCGCGGUCGACAGAGCCUUCUAGAAACUUCUCGAAGCUGCCGCCCCAAGAGACGUUGGGAGGGAGGGAGGGAGGGAGGGAGGGGGGAGGACUGGGAGAGAAGUCCAAAUCUCUGUGCCUUUAUUUUCUCCCCCUUUGAACCAGUUUGUGUGAAAUAUAAAAGCAGCAUUGUAGUGCGGCUGAGGAGCGAGCGGCUGCUCAUUUCGAUAUUGAUCAACGCUGAAGCACUGAAUGUGUUGAUGAGGAGGCACCUUUGAACAUUUGCACUAACUUGUCAAGAAAUUGAAGCUUUUUUCCUUUUCUUUCUUUCUUUCCCCCCCGAAUCAGUGUUUGUUCCCUGAUGAAGACUUAAAGGUGGUUGCGGUCAGUAAUUAGUGGAUAAAGGAGGCAAUAAAAGAAAUGAGUCACGUUGUGCUUUCACACUGCGAACAGCCUCGCUGACGGAGGAACGCAAUCGGGGCGACAGGAGACGAAAUUCAACUGACAAAACAGAAUAACUCCCCGACUUCACAGCUUCCUGCUGACCUAAAAAAAAUACACGAAAAGAUGUUUGUUUUUUCUGCAGAAGAUUUAUUUUAUUAUUUCAAAUCAUUCUUGACCUCGAAAUUGGACAAUCGCACCUCAUUUAGUAGCUCCACUUCCAGAGCUUUCAAUCAUAUCACAUCAUCUUUAUAGCUUUUAAAUGACGUCUUUAGCUCUAUAAUCACCUGACAGUAAGAAUCAACGCCAUGUUCAACCACCAUGUUUCUACGGUAGCCAGUUACAGUUAAAGCUAAGAGAGCUUCCUCAGCUUUACGCAGCAUUGUAGCAUCUUUCAGCUCGUUGUUUUGGUUCAGUCUCAUUAGUGUUGUUUUAUAGCAGCAAAACAAACUCCACUGAACGCAACCUGCUCAGCUGCAAACAGCAGACAGACGCCGUUAGAGACCAGCUGGUGGAGCGUUUAACAGAUGAAGAGACAUUUUUUCUCUGGAGAAAACGGAGCUAAAAGAGAAUAAAUAUAGGUUUUAUAUUCAUCAGGUGGACACAAACAUGAUGCUAAUGAUCUUCUAUAUCUGGAUUUGUAAACCGUUCUCUAACUCAUUCGUCAAUCUACUUUAUAAAGGUCAUAAUAUGUCAAUUUAUUUACCUCAAGUGGCAAAAAAAAAAAAAGGAGUACGGUCUGUAGUGUCUCUCUGAAAAGUGUCCUGAGGUAACUUGUUAUGAUUUGGUUCGAUAUAUUGAAUUAAAUCACCAUAAUAAAGGUUUAAAGACAAGAUUUUAGGCAAUUUUAAGAGUUAAAAACCUUCAGUCCAACAUUGGAUUGAACAACAAUUACAACAAUUGGGCAAACUUACCAGAUGUUAAGAUUAUAUUAUACAAUUAAGAUGAAAGUUCAGUAAUAUUAGCUAUAUAUUAGUAUAUUUAUAUAGUUAUUAGUUAGAAAAAAAAUGUUCAUUUUCACUGAAAAAAGGUUUAAAAUCAUGGUGAUGAUGUGACUUUUGUUGGUGUUUCUACCAAACAAACAUGAUUCAUUCAAUCUGUAGAACAAUAACUGUUGGCCAGAGCAUCUUUUCAUUAUAAUAUCACAUUUUAUCUUUAUCACAAAGAUAGAUUAGAUCCUAUUUUGCAGCUUUAUGUAUAAGAAUAAACAUUCAAUCCACUUUUAAAUCCUUUUAAGUGCUCAGAGAAAUGUGACAUGAUAGAAAGCUCCGUAACUAACAGCUACUUAAUGGACCCUGAAGGUGUCAAGAAGUGGAAGAUUUGUUCGUCUCUAAUCAGUUUCCGUUUGCUCGCCAACCCGCUCAUGAGGUGAAAAUACCUCAGUAGGCAAACGGGAAGGCUCUGGCUCGUAUCUGAUCGACCGCUAACAGCUGACGAUGGCGAGAGCCGAGGCCAACCUUUCUUUUUUCAUCAGAGUCCCUGUGCUCUCGGCUCUGUUGUGUUGGGCGGGGGGGGAUGGUUCUCCUCUGACUCGCUGGUUUGCUCGCAGUGUGAACGCAAACUUUUACAAAUAAAUAAAGGGUCAAACGUCUGAACCGACAACAAAUCUCUCUCACACACGUUAAUUAAAGCAACAAAGCUGAAGCAGAUCUUUGUUGUUCAACCACAACAAAACCGCGUCCCAGUGAACUCCCACAGACCCUUUUUAUGUGCAUUAAGCUGCUGUUGGAAGGCAUUUUCUGGCACGUCGCCUGCAGCUCGGCCUCCUGGGUAUGGCGCUGACUCAUACGGGGGCGGGUGGUGGUGAGGAGAGGGGGGGGAAAUUAGAUUAAACAUCGUCAGCCUGCCUGGCUGUUGUUGCAACAGAUGCUUCCUCACAGCGAAACCUUAUGCUCUCUCAGACCAAACCAACCCGAACACACCUUAAGUUCACAUGCUCUGUUUUUUUGUAUGCAGUAAUUAUAUAUAUAUAUAUAUAUAAAGAUGUACAUUUAAUCCUCGCAACUUCUGUACAUUGCUUCCUUUUAUUUUUAAAUAAGUUUUUACACUAUGUUGAAGAAAAAUGUCGCUUAGAAAUGUUUCUGUCCAUCAUAGCGUCUCGAAGCCUCUGUUUUUUUUAUUUUUAAUUGGCGCCUGAAUGAGUCGGCGUCCUGGCAACCGUACACAUUUAUACUCUGUGGUUCCUAAGUACAAACUUAACAAAGGUAAAGCACCAUUUUAUAACUGUUGCUGGAGUUCGAGUCUACGCCAGCGAGAUGGAGCAAGUCCGAAAUCCCCCAAAAAUCACCGCUGCUCCUUUUUAUUCUGUGCUGUGUGUGUAUAUAUAUAUAUACGGACUCUGGUUCCCCCCUAAAGUACACUAACAAACCAAUUUUACUUCUGGAAUUUGAGUCGAUAAAAGUGUUUUUGAUGCGUUUUUUGCAGCCGUGUGUGUUCACCAGAAGAGAGGACGCUGGGUUUUAUAGGUCUAAAAGAAGGCGUUAACGUCCCUGCAUGAGUGUGAAAGUCUGUCGGAUGAUUGGUUUAUGAGAUUUGAUGGUUUGUACUAAAGUGAAAGUCAAGGAGCCGCAUUUUUAAAAAGGACGAGGCAGACGAUCGUUGUGUCUCUUAUUUUUGUUUUUUGUCGAGAAAAUCUCAUGAAAAGACCAAAACCAAGAAUCUGCCAACAAAUCAAUGCAGAUCUUUAAAAAAAAGGCUCAGUUAUUUCCUAAAAUCAGCUGGACGCUGGAGGAAACGGUGCAUUUGUUGGGGACUAUUUUGUGCAGCGCAUUAAUCCACAUUUGGUGCUCUAGUGAGUGUAGGCAGGAUGGAAAAUCUAGAGGUUUAGAUAUCAGUUUUCCAGUCGUGGAAACAACUGGAAAUUAAUCAAAAUGACCAAAGGUUCUGGAAAUAAUCUCUGUUGUCCUGGAAAUGUUUAAUUGUGUUUAAGCUCCUCACUCAGAUCGGCCACCUGAAGUAAAACCAAACAUGAAUUAGACUCAAAGCUAUAAAUUGUUGUUUCGGAUGAUAAAUACAUGCACAGUGAUGUUAACUGUACGUGCAACAAACACUUUCCCUUUCUAGAAGAUGAAUUUUUAUGUAAAAUAAAGGAAAUCCUACUUGAUUUGUGUAAAAUGUAGUAAAUAAAAAAGUUAAUCAGCUACGUGCGGCGUGUGCAGUGAACGCUGACUCCCUACGCGGCCUACCUGUAAAUUAUAUAACCAUUUCUCGUCCUAUACUGAAGAAAGAAAAGAAAACUCCUGGAAAACGUCCUGGAAAUUGGUCUUUUUAUGGGAUUUGUUGACAAGUCUUAAAGCUCCUCUUGGACCUUUUUGUUUAAAUACUAUUUUUAAAAAGAAGAGGAGGUCGUGUAUUUUCUGGGAAAUAUGUCGAUAGUCUUUAAAAAAACGGAUGGAAAUUGAAUUGAAAGGUGGUUUUUAUUUGAUGAAUCUGAAUCAGUAAACAUCUCCCUCCUGUGUUCAGUCCUCUGUAUCUCUCCCCCCCAACAAACAGCUGGACCGCUAAAAGCAGCUCGGGGUCAUGUGGAGUGUCUGAACCUGGUGGCGCAGGAGUCCAUUAGUCGGAGAGUUUAAAAGAUUCAGAUCCGGUGGGGACUGAACGGCGGCUCUCGGACUUCUGUCGGCCCGAUGCAUUUACACCGAAGGUCGAACGGAGCGAGAGACGUAGAGGUUGAGAGGUUUUCAUUUUCCUGCCCUCGAUUUGAAUGUAGUCAUUGAGGAAUGUUUUGUAUUUCACUGCACCAAAGUUCAUUUCAGUGAGGAGAGACUUUUUCCACCAUCUGUACUUCAACUACAACAGUUAUCUAAACUCUGAUACAUCGUGUUAUAUCAAGUUAUAUUCAGCCAACACGUGUUAUUACACAGACUUUCUGUCCGUCACUAGUAAAUCAACGCCUCUAAAUUUGUCACAUAACGCAAAAACUAAAACACUAAAAUGUCUCUAAAGACUAAAAAAAGUUUCCUGCUGUUUCCAGUCUUUAUGCUAAGCUAAGUUAGCCAAUCACUAGUGAUUUCCUAAUGUAGAUGAGAGAGUUGUUAAUCUCAUCAAUGUCCAAUUUUAGCACAUUUAAUUACACCUAAAGUCUGUGUAACAAACACUACGCUGAAGCUACGGUUGAACUGACAGAUCGUACACAGCGCAGAGGUUUAUUAUGUGACCUAUGAACGGAUGUUAGAAAGUAAAACUGAUGUUGGAUCCACCAGGAGAGAAAAGAUCUUCCUCAUCGAGCUUUAUUUUCUCUUUUAAUCUGUUCCUCGCUGUUUGUUGCUGCUUUGCCUUUUUCUUUCUGCAAACGACAGGAAUGUGUUCUGUGACUGAAACAAAGGUAUCGCAUCUCUCUCUUUUCUUUCUCCAAAAUAUGGUUUUCUUAAGUCGCCUUUAACUGCAUUGAUUGUGACGGGCUUUCGCUGUUUCUCCUCCGAGACGCGCUUGUACAAAAAGCACACUGAGACUGGAUUUAAAAACCCCAAGCUGUGUGAAUGCUCCCAUGGAUGGUUGUGUUUUGAAUUUGUAUUCCCACUGCAAAAUAAAGACAGCGUGUCUUGAUUAGUGUUA